GGGGCGUGGUGACGUCAGACGCUGUGGCGGGAAGUUCGGAGCGCGGCGGGACGGCGGCAGCUGCCUCAGGUUGUAUGAAGCAUUUGUGAAAUAAGCCGUUGAAGGACCAUUCUGCCGAAGCAAUGGCUUCUCAAGAAUUUACUGUGUUAUACACUCACCAAAAAAUGAAAAAAUCAAAAACAUGGCAAGAUGGAAUUCUGAGGAUUAGACCUGGAGAAAAUAGGGCAAUCUUGCUUGAUGAUAAAGGGCAAUAUUUGGAGAGUAUGUUUGUAAAAUCCCAGGUGAAUUCUGGAGAUAAUUUAGAAAGUGAACGAUAUCUGAUCAUGGUUGAAGAAGCAAAAAUGAAGGAAAAAUCUUGUGGAGAUCAACCAAGGAAACCUGAAAUAGUAGAUGUGAAUAGACGUGGUUUAAAGCCUGCAGUUCUGCCUCCAAGACAUCUGUCUGUUGGCUUAAAGAGGAAGUUUACAGGUUUCCAAGGGCCACGUCAGGUUGAAAAGAAAGUAUCGACAGCAGAAGACGGAGAAAGAAUGGCAGUAUCACCUAUAUCUGAGCAGAGUCAGGAUCCUUUUCCAUCCAGGUUUUAUAUUACCUCUCCCUUAUUUUCUACUAUUUACAAGAAGAAUGCAGAAACAAGCUUAUCUGCAGACUUGCAUGAAGAUGGAGGUACAGAUAAUAGAGAUCGUGUGACUCCCUCCUCAGCGGUUUCACUUCCAUUUCUUCAUACAUGUAAUGAAAUAGAGAAGAAAAAUUCUGAUCAGUCCAUGGUAAAGCCAGAGUCUCCUCUACUUAGUGGGCACACCAAGUCUAGUAGUUGGACAACUGGUCAUGGGGCAGUGUCACAGAACAUCAGGAGCACAGCACAGAUCAUAGCCCUUUUGAAAUCUAAACCACAGGUCUGUGGAGAGCAAGCAACAUCUGAAGUCACAGAAUGUCAUAGAUUUCAAGCACUGGAAAACAUAAAUAGUUUGUAUAACCUAAAAAGCAUAACCCUGCCUGCCUUUUCUGUUAACUCUGACAAAAAGAUUGCUCAAAAUAUUCAGCACUUGCCUUUUACAAAGGAAAUGGUAAAUGAUAAGAAGGAACGUUUGCUUAUUAAUUCAUCUGAACCUUGUGAUAAAGAAAUCACAGGGCAAAGACAGAACAAAAAGGCUAAUAGUUUUGGCCAAGACUUACAAGAUUCCUGCAGGACAAACAGUUCUGUACUAUCUGAAUCAACCAUAAACAGAGUGAGCGACAGCCUAUUUGUCUCUUCUUGUUCAGCAAGUCCAGUCACCUUUGAAAAACCUCUCUCCAGAUACAGAGAGCAUUUGGCAAUUAAUGGUCUUCAGGAUAAUUCAUCAAUCAAAUCUCAAAGUGACCUUCAGCUGAAACAAAACUCAGAAAGAAUGCCUAGUGACUUAGAGCUCUCUGAGGAUGUAACAGUGACUGAAAAUGGAAUUGCAAAGCAGGAAUUAAGUACAUGUGACGGAGACUGUAGUCCAGAUAAACAGGUGAUGGAAGUUAAUUUUGACCUGCUGGGAGCUUUUGAUUUUCGUGAUAUGGACAAUGGAGAGCACUGUGAAAGAAAUAAGAAAGAGCUCAGUGAAGAAGACAUGCUUUCAGAAAGUGCAGAUUGCUUAGAGGGAGAAGAUAGGGCACAAAAUACUGCAUUGAGAUUUAAUUCUUGCUUCGAAGUGAUGACACACUGCAAAAAGGAAGAAAUCAAGUGUUCAACAUAUGAUGUAGAAAAAGAUGGCAAUCACUGCACUGUGCAAAUGCCAUUACAGUUCUGUAACAAUGUUACAGAUACAGAGAGAAUUAUGGAAGACUCUUCAAACCAGACCAAGAUUGAAGUGGAACUUUUGGAUGACAGAAACAACUUAAAAGAGAUUAAUGGAAGCCUAGGAAGUACUGAAGCUGUGAACAAUAAAAAGGAUCUUGGUGGCUGUGCAGCACUUACCAUUAAUGGCACAUCAGGAAUAAAAAGCAAGCACUUUGAUCUUUUUCCUGGUGACACAAAUGUUAAAUGUCACCCUAAAACUGGAAUGUUUGAUAAAACUGAAAAUAUUUCAUGUACUGCUUCCAGUAGUAUGAUUUCUACAGCAGAGGAAAAGACUGAAGAAGAUGUUACACAGCUUGAAUGCACAAAAUCCCCAGAUCUUGAUUUAGAACAUUUCUGGGGAACUAAAAUUGAUCACAUCAAACCAGAUAGCCCUAUGCUGACUUUGUCACAAAACUCAGAAUCUUGCUGUGGCUCAUCCCAAUAUGUUACAGAAGAUCAUCAAAAUCUGUCUGGCAUUUUGAAUAAGGAAAGUACUCUUAUUUCCAGAAGUGCUAUCUGUCCUUUAGGGAAAGGUCGCUCAGCUUCAGAAGAAGCAGAAAUGGAUGAAACAGAGUUUGAAAAUCUAGAGAGCAUGAAUGUCCCUCUUGGAGCCUGCAAAGGUGAAAGAAUAGAAAUGGAUUGCCUGAAAUCCAUGGCAAAGGCUGAAAAGUCAUCAGAUCUUCCCGACUUGAAAACUGAGCUGUGUGUUCCACUGAAAGCACUGGGCCAAAGAGACCCUAGGACACCUGACUGCCAGUGGAAGUCUCCAGAUUCAAGAAGUCUUCAUGAGGACAAUAUGAAUUUUAUCAGAGAGGAGAAUUUUCAAAAGAAGUUUGACAUUAAAGACUCAGUAGCAAGUCACUCCUCACCAGCACUGAAUGCAUGUUCUGAAGUUCCACAGUGGAUAGUGUCAAGCUCACCAUCACAUUCUGAUUUGGGAGAAACACAGUGGACCUCAUGGGAACCUGGCAAGAUUAUUCCAUCAGUGCAAUUGAACUCCUCAGUUUCUCCAGCUUCAGGAAAAAAAGGAAGCGUUCAAGACAUUCAGGAACCUCUGAUUUACAGGAACCUACCAAGUGAUUCAGAACUUCCAGAAAACAUUUUCACAUGGGAACAAGACAGCUAUCCAGAGGAAUGCAACUCCACAGUUAAAACACAAAUUCCACCUGUCACUGUUGCUGCCACUGAGAAGAUUCCUAACAAUUUUUUCCUAACUGACAGUGAGGAGGUCCAGCAAUCUAAUGGCUUUUUAGUAGCCAGUUUGAGCAGCAAGCCAGCAGCAUUUUCCAUGAGUGCUUCUGGCCCUGAGGACAGGAAUUAUGAAACCUCCGUGUUGGAGGAGUGUACGGAAGGCAGACAAAGAAAGUCUGUGCACCCAGUAUUCUCAAAUGUGACUUCACAGUAUAGACAAAGCAAGUGGCUAAAAUAUCUAAACAGCGCUCAUUGUGACCUGAUAACUCAAAACAGCAACGAUAUGGACGUGACCAAUGACAUCUAUGCUGAGAAUGUCCUUGGAAUGCUGCCGGGUGACACAGGAGAGAGCCAGAGCAGCACUGUGAACAGCAACGCUCCCAGCUCUGUACCUCUGCUGACAGCAAAGAGCAUGCUUGGUGAAUGCUGUGCAGAUAGCACCAACCAAGAUUUGAUUUCAGAAAGGAAGUUACUUUCUUGUCACUUAAAUCAGACUCCUUUAACUGAACCAGCACAAAAGGUGUUGAGUCAUCUGACCUGCUGCACUGUAACAGGAGAUGUCCAGGAUAUAACAGUUUCUGAGUUGUCUUUUCCUAAUGCAGAUAAAGUAAAACAUGCUAAUCUUCCUAAAAGAAAGAUUGCCAUACCAACUGAGUUUCAGUCUCACGUUCACUACAAACAGGUUUUUAAAGCUGCUUUGACAGAACAUUUAAACAUAAUGCUUUUUGAGCUGUCGCAGAGAUUUCACAACGCUCUUUCGAAAGUGGAUAUAUCAUUUUACACCUCAUUGAAAGACGAGCAAAGCGAGAGCAAAGAAAGCUGCGUUCCACUCUGUGAUCACAUGCGUCCUGCUAAGGUUCUUGUGGUUAAAAAAGAAGGUCAAAACAAGGGCCGUCUGUUCUAUGCCUGUGAUGCCCCAAGAGCUGAGCGCUGUUCAUUUUUCAAAUGGAUGGAAGAAGUGAAUCCUGCACAAAUAAAAAAAUUCACACCGAGCGUAGUGCUUCAUGAUGUAAAAAGUAUUGGAGCGUACCUCCGAAAUCAAAAGAUUUUUGUCUUUGAUGGAUGCCAGCUUUUUGUGAGGAAAGGGUAUGAAAUUCGAACACGAUGGUGUAGUAAGCUCAAGAAACUUACGAACAUGCAUGCUGAAUCUGAUGGGGACUCCAAAAAUAAACUGUACCUCAAGCUAAGCAGUAAGGAGCAUUAUUCUCUCUAUAGCAAAGAUGAUAUUUGGGUUGUUUCGAAGACUCUGAAUUUUGACCCCCUUGACACUUUCAUUGCAAGUAGUGCUUUCUUUGGACCAACCCAUAACAAUAAAGUAGAACUCCUACCACUGAAAGGCUAUUACCCCUCAAACUGGCACUCACAUACAUCAGUUCAUGCCUUGCUAGCUUGUAACGCCAGUGGUGAGCUUAUAUCCUUAAGAAACAUGGAAGAAUACUUCAAUCCAUCUACAUUACCACUCAUACCAUAUCUACUAAAAAUGAAUCGUGAUUCUGAAAAGCCUUCUAGGAGAGUCAACAGAAGAAAAUUUAUUCCACCUGCCAUGAGCGUGGCACGCAAAAAGAUGUACAGCUCUGUCAGCUCUGAAGUGGCAAUGCAACUAGCUGAAAAGAUGAUCCUAACGUUCUCACUGAAUCCAGAUCAAGCUACAUCUCUGAUUCACAUAGCUCAGAUGAUGUCCUCACAUGAAAAUAUGAAAUCAGUGGAAGAACAUCAGAUUUUCCCUAUCACAGUCAUACAUGGUGUUUUUGGAGCUGGAAAGAGCUAUUUGCUGUCUGUUGUGAUCUUGUUCCUAGUCCAGCUCUUUGAAAGCAGUGAAGCUAAGGAGGGUCCAGAGCUAGCUCCAUGGAAACUCCUGAUUGCUUCUUCCACUAAUGUUGCUGUUGACAGGAUACUGCUGUGUCUACUUGAUCUUGGAUUUGAGGAUUUCAUCAGAGUGGGAAGUAUUAGGAAAAUUGCCAAAGCAAUUCUUCCCCGUAGUUUACAUGCAGGCUCAGGAAAUGAAAAUGAACAGUUAAAAGAACUUCUUGCUCUCAUGAAAGAAGAUUUAGCUCCAGCUGAAAAAAUGUAUGUAAGGAAGAGUAUUGAGCGACAUAAACUGGGGACCAAUAAAAAUGCAUUGCAACAGGUAAAAGUGGUUGGAGCGACCUGUGCUGCCUGCCCAUUCCCUUGCUUGGAUACUCUUCAGUUUCCUGUAGUGGUGCUGGAUGAGUGCAGUCAGAUGACUGAACCUACUUCUCUCCUCCCUAUUGCAAGGUUUCAGUGUGAAAAGCUAGUCCUUGUUGGAGAUCCUAAGCAACUGCCACCAACUAUUCAAGGGUCUGAGAGCAUUCAUGAUAAAGGACUAGAACAGACUCUCUUUGAUCGGCUUUGCUUAAUGGGACAUAAAACAAUACUGCUACGGACACAAUAUCGAUGCCACCCUGCUAUUAGUGCCAUAGCCAAUGAGCUCUUCUAUGAAGGAAACCUGAUAGAUGGCAUUUCUGAGAAGGAAAGAAGUCCUUUACUGGAUUGGCUUCCAACACUAUGUUUUUAUAGUGUUAGCGGGCUGGAGCAAAUUGAAAGCGACAACAGCUUUUAUAACACAGCAGAAGUUCAUUUUAUAGUCAAGCUUAUCCAGUCUCUGAUUGCAAGUGGAAUACACGGAUCUGCAGUGGGUGUGAUUACUUUUUACAAAUCACAGAUGUACAAGAUACAGAACUUGCUUAGGAGUGUACAUUCCGAGGCUUUUCCAGUGAAGGCUGUCCAGGUGUCCACUGUAGAUGCAUUCCAAGGAGCAGAGAAGGAGAUCGUUGUUCUGUCAUGUGUAAGAACAAGACAAACUGGAUUCACAGACUCAGAAAAGAGAAUGAAUGUUGCAUUGACAAGGGCAAAGAGGCAUCUCCUGAUUGUUGGGAAUCUGGCCUGCUUAAGUAAGAACAGACUCUAUGAAAGAGUAAUUAAUCACUGCAAAGGGCAAGAAAACGGACUGCAACAUGUAAGCCAGUGUGAGCAGCAGCUGAACGACAUUCUGAAGUACUACUUGGAGGAAAAGAAGGAAGAGGAACAGAGUAAGAAAAAGGAAAAAUAAAAUGUGUACAUUUUAUUUUGGCAAUAUAUGAAUGGUGUGUCUAUAGAAAUGACCUAAUGUCUAUAAAAAUGUGAAUGUAAUAUUUAAUGUUUAACGUGGGGAAAUCUUAUUUGCAUCUGUUUAAUUCUUCUGUUUUGGCAGCCCCUUGUUUGAAUGACUAAAACUAAAGAAUAUAGGAACUGCAAGGCAUCUGAAAUCCCUUUCAUUCUAUUAUUAAUAUUAGUAUGAAUUAUUUAAUAACUAAGCCUAUGAAGUACCUAAUUGCAUUAUUAGUGCUUUGCUGUUCUUUAGGCUGCAUGCGUAUCAAACCUGUUGUAAAAACAAGUGUCACUUUGCGUAUUUACAAAUCAUUCAAAGCCAAGCGCAUGGCUCUAACGGUAAAAAGGCCCAACGCAACAUCGUUUUUCUCAAAGAAAAUGGCAUGCCCUCGGUUUAUUCAAUCCUCGCAAUUCAACAGC